AAAGAAGCCAAAUUAUUCACUGAGCAGAGUGCCUCAAGAUCAAAAGGGUAGGAAGGCCUUGAGGAGAUAGUGAGACUGGGUAUUAGUUACUUUCUCUGUUUUAUUUAUAUACUCAGGCACAUUACUUAUUUGUUUUUCCCAUGACUAAAAUGAUAGUGGACCAUGAGAACGUGUAGCGGGAGCCAUAUAGGUUGAUUAUGGCCAAAAUGCUAAUAUGAUAAUAUAACGUAGCGUUUCAGUAAGUGCCAACAGUCUCUGGCCAGUUAUUUUUACAUAUCAACAUUUUCUUUCUUAGAACUGUACAAACCGCUUGUCUUUGAAAAUAUGCUUGGAAGUAGCUGAUCAGUUAGUCUAGUUAUUUAAAGUUUUUUGUUGCUAGUGAGAGAUCAGUGCUCCUCCAGUCAGUUUCCUGUAUGUUACACCUGUGAUUCACAAAAUGAAAUUUAGACUAGCUCAGGUGCAAGUCAUAGAAUUACCUCCUUAAAGAUACUUUCUGCUGUCUGGUCCACUACUGUACUCGGCUAACCGUGAGUAUGUGCAACACCGCACGGGGAGAAAAAGUGCAUUGACACUAUAGGGAAAUCUACGUUGAGCACAGGCGUGGAUAUCGGACUCCUGUCUUAGGUAAGCUUAGAGCAGUGGGGCAGGCAUGGGAUCAUCAAUAUGCCAACGUUUUUGUGAGCGAACCCCACUCUAUCUCUAGAUGCUUAUCCUCAAGGUUAGCCCUGAAUAUAAAGCCUGCUCACCUGGAGGAACUGCAUCUGCAGAUCUUAGGUGGGGCUCUCCUGUCUGCACCAUGAACACCCUCCAAACGUUCGUGCUCCUGACCGCCAGUCUUUCCAUUGGUGAGUCACUGGCCGACCCUGACUACCGAGCCCUGUGGCAGUUCCGCAACAUGAUCAUCUGUGUGAUGCCUGACAGCUGGCCUGUGCUGGACUACGCUGACUACGGCUGUUACUGUGGGCUGGGUGGCUCCGGGACCCCUGUGGAUGAGCUGGAUAGGUGCUGCCAGGUGCAUGACCGUUGCUACGAGAACGCAAAGCAGUUGAAUGCCUGUUGGCCCAUUUUUGACAGCCCUUACUUUGAGAUCUACAGCUACGCCUGUGACGAGGCCACCAAGACAAUCACCUGCAAGAGUAACAAUAAUGAGUGUGAGAUGUUCAUUUGUGAGUGCGACAGACAGGCUGCCAUGUGCUUUGCUCAGGCCGACUACCACGAGGAAAAUGCCAAUCUGCCCAGCGAGCGCUGCAAAUGAGAGUAGCCACCCCUACACAGCCCAAAAAUUACCUGACUGGAGAAGAGCUGUUUGUCAAAUUCUGUGAAUUUGAACAGAUGACCUCUGUUUCAGUCCUCCUUUUAUACAGAGAAACGGUUUUUCUGGAAAUUGUACUUCUCUGCCUGUCAUUGUCA